AAAGCAAAAGUUCGAAACACUUUUUUUUUAACUAAUGCAUGGCUACUGGGUUGAUAUGUAUUAGUAGUUAUAGUUUAUGAAGAUCUAUACAGCUGAUCACAAGAAGGAGCUCAUUUUCUUGAUUCUCGUUUGUUUGCUGAGAAAAUGAAAAAGAAAGUUGUCGUCUGUAAUACUUGCUUUAUGAACUACUAUGUAUUUAUUUCUAAAAAUGGAAACUGCCACUUCCACUUUAACUGCUAUUAUAGUUAUAGCGUAGAGUGAUAUCUGUUUUCUUGGGGCUUUUCAGCAACGUCAAUUUGAUUUCUGAGUUUCUCAACUCUAUCUUCUAUCUUCUAUUUCUAUUUCUUUUUUUUUUUAAACCUUUGCUACAUUUCUACUUUUUCCUCUUUUCUUUUCUUUUUUCCUUAAUGAUAAUUACGUAAUAGUUACUUGACAUAUUGUGUUCUCUUUUUAGGCCAUAUUUGAUUCUGUUUUGACAAAAUCAUGCUUUUUUUUCGUCCUUUUCUGCUUUUCUGUUUCUGCUUUAUCUCUCCUUGGUUUUCUCUCCAGUGGGAAUUCAAAGUUUUGUGAAAGUUUCUAUCUUUCUCUCUCUGUGUGUCCUGCCCUUUGUAUAAUCUACUUUCAAAGUUAUGGAAUAUAUUUAAAUCUUUACUUUUUUUUCCUUAUGGGAUGGUAUACUGUUGAUUUCAAAAUUCUUUACUGGUUUCUUUUCCUUUAUGACUUCUGCAAAUUUUGAAAAGUGAAAUAUCUGGACAAAGGUGUGUGCUUUGCUCUAUUUUCCAUCCUUUUCUGGGCAACCAACUACAGAUUUAAGGCUUUUUAUGGGUGAUACAGAUUCUUAACUCUUUGUUCUAAUAUAUCCUAUGCUUCUCUUUGUGAUAAUCAUCAUAAAGCUGGUCUGUUUUCAAUCAACAUAACCCCCAUCGAAUUCCAAUUGACCAAGAUUAAAAAGAUCCCACUUUUCUAUACUGAGGUGUAAAGUGACCUGUGGUUUCAUUGGUGGGAAUCUUUGGUGUUUGGAUAGCUUUUCUUUUUUUGUUUACUAUCCUAGCCAAUACCAGAGUUUCAUCAUAUGAGAUCUGUCCUUCCCGAAGAAGGAAAGCUUGUCCAUUUAUUGCACGGCUUAUGUCUUCUUCAUCCUGAACUUUGAGUAAAUGGGGGCUUGUGUCUCUACUAGCAGUCGAAGCACUUGUAGUAGCAGGAGCAAUGGAGAGAGAGUUCCCCCUCCUUGCUUGGGGAUUGGAUUUUGUGGGCAAAAGAAAACUAAAAGAACAUUCUCUGAUCAUGUAGUUACACUGCAACAUCUACCCUCCAUACCCAACAGGAUUUUCACUAAUGGAAAGAGCCGAACUUCUUGUAUAUUUACGCAGCAGGGUCGCAAGGGCAUAAACCAGGAUGCAAUGAUCAUAUGGGAAGAUUUCUUGUCAGAAGAUAUGACUUUCUGUGGCGUCUUUGAUGGCCAUGGUCCACAUGGCCAUCUUGUUGCCCGCAAGGUGAGGGAUGCCCUGCCAAUAAAGUUACUAUCAUUCUUGCACUCUAUUCAGUCCAGACAAAAUGAGUCUGGUCAAACCUGUUUUAAGGGUAAUUCAAAGAAAUCAGAUGUUGGAGACUGUGAGAAGGACGCUUCAACCGAGGAUAAAUUGAAUUCUGUAUGGAGAGAAGCAUUCUUAAAGUCAUACAAGGCCAUGGACAAGGAACUGAGGUCCCAUCCUAAUUUGGACUGCUUCUGCAGUGGUAGCACUGCUGUUACUAUAAUAAAACAGGGUUCCAAUCUUUUCAUGGGAUAUAUUGGAGACUCUCGUGCCAUCAUGGGAUCUAAGGACAGCAAUGAUUCCAUGGUGGCAAUCCAGUUGACUGUUGAUCUGAAACCUGAUUUGCCAAUUAUCCUAAUUGUUACAGGGGAAGCAGAAAGGAUUAAACGAUGUAAAGGUAGAGUCUUUGCUUUGCAAGAUGAGCCUGAAGUGCCAAGAGUUUGGUUGCCAUUUGAUGAUGCCCCUGGCCUGGCAAUGGCACGAGCAUUUGGAGACUUCUGUUUAAAGGAAUAUGGGGUGAUCUCAAUACCUGAAUUCUCACACCGCCUACUUACCGAGAGAGAUCAAUUCCUUGUUCUUGCCUCGGAUGGGGUUUGGGAUGUUUUGAGCAAUGAAGAGGUGGUUGAGAUUGUAUCUUCAGCUCCAACACGGUCAUCAGCUGCUCGAAUCUUGGUGGACUCAGCUGCUCGUGAAUGGAAGCUAAAAUAUCCAACUUCGAAGAUGGAUGACUGUGCAGUAGUUUGUUUAUUUUUGGAUGGGAAAAUGGACUCAGAAUCUGAUUACGAAGAACAAGGCUUUUCUUCUGCAACCCUUCAGAGCAAUCAUUCUGGUAAUGCAAUUGAAUCAGAUGAUGGCCAGAAGUCAGAGCCAUGUUUGCAAAGGAAUUUUACUGUCAGAUCAUCUGAAGAAAAUGAUAGUUACGGAAACCUAACAGUUGAAGUUGAGGGGAAUGGGGAUGUAGCUGCUGGUGAAGAUCAGAGUUGGUCAGGUUUGGAAGGUGUCACGCGAGUGAAUUCACUUGUUCAACUUCCAAGAUUUUCUGAGGAAAGACCAAACCCAUAAUUUUGCUGUAUCUAUAGAAGCUGGAAUGGGAUUGACCUAAUUGUACUAUUUUGGCUUUUGAGCUUUACCAUAUUUAGGGAAAUUCCAGGGCUGGCGGCACUAUUGGAAAUUUAUGCUGGUAAAUUGUAUUGCCAGAGCCUUUUGUUGCUGUACCUCACAGAAAUGCAGCAAAAACAGCUUUCAUUAAUGAAUUGAACUGAACCAAUAUAGUUGUGUUAAUAUGAUAUCAUUUUGUCCCAA